AUGGGUACACAAGGCGCCAUGCGCGGAACGCUAGGCAACAUCUCUGCUUUUAUCUAUAGCUGGACGCCCAUGAUCCUGCUCGUGUGCUACUGCGUGGUUGGCUUCUUCUUCUACCUCGUCAUCCCGCCCAUCCUUCAAGAGGUGCUCUUUUACAUCUUUCUUGCGCUGCAGACCCUCACUUCGCUCUCGGUCUCCACGGAAGCGAUGCAGUCCAUUCGACCUUCGGUCAAGUCUCGACGCGCUUUUCGUAAAGCCGCCAAGGAAGGAUGGCGUGAGACCGAAGACGGCAAGCCGUGGCCCAAGAUCGACAUCGUGCUCGUCGCCUACCUUCCUAACGAGAAGGACAUCAUUAUGCGACAGCUGCGUUACGCUCUGCGCGAGAUCAACUAUCCCGCCGACAAGCUCAUGAUCAACCUUGUCUACAACACGCCCAAGCCCAUCGAGCCCGUAGAGACCGAGCUGCGCGAGCUCGAAAGCGCCCACGCCCGCCUGCGCGUCAUCAAAGUGCCCAACUCGACGUCCAAAGCCGACAACAUCAACUACUACCUCUCAUUGGACUUCAAGUGCGAUAUCAUCACACUCUACGAUACCGACCACUAUCCCGACCCCAACGCGAUCCGAUGGGUAGCCCGUCGAUUCUUGCAAGGUGGCAUCGACAUUAUUCAGGGUCGAUGCUGCAUCUACAACUACGACGAGACCUGGCUGACCAGGUUGGUCGCCGCCGAGUUCGACAUGAUCUACGGCGUGAUGCAUAGUGGACGUGCAGAAAUGCAAGGCUACGGCUUCUUUGGCGGUUCCAACGGUCACUGGAAUGCCAGUUUGCUCAAAUCGCUGGGCAUGCAAAAACACAUGCUGACCGAGGACAUCGAUAGCUCGAUGCGUGCUAUCAUCUCGGGAGCGAGAAUCGAGUACGAUUUGAAGGUGCUGUCGUACGAACUGGCUCCAGAGACGGUUCCAGCCUUGCUCAAGCAGAGACUGCGCUGGGCUCAAGGUUGGACCCAGGUCGCCUUCCGACAUGCUCUUCCCGCCGUGCGCCGAGGAGCUUACUCCGACGACAACGGCUGGAGAUCUCGCCUCGGUCUCUUCCAGCUUCUCAUCUAUCGAGAGUGUUACUUCUACGUCAAUAGCUCUCUGGUCUUCAUCCUUCUUUCCUCUUUGAUCACCAGCUUCCCACACGAGGGGAUCAAGGCAUGGUUCGACAACUUCGGCGGCUUUAGCCUUGCGAUGUGGGCCUUAUCAGUGAACCUUAUCUGUCUCUUUGUCACCAUCUGCAUCGUGCUCAAAAACCGAUCCAACUUUACACAUCCAACGGGUAUCAUUGCCUUUGGCUUUGUCGCUCCAUUCUACUACAGCAUCGUCAGCUUCUCGGCCAUCUUCUGCCACUUCCGCGAGUUCGUCAAGUUCGAGAAGUGGAACCCCACUGCGAGGUCCACCAAGAAGUAG